CCGUUCAGAGCCGGGAACAGCCUCCCACGGCACCGGGGCUCGCAGCUCCGCCGCAGCGCCGGCGGCCGCUGGCCCAGCAUGGCAACCUCCCCGCAGAAAUCCCCUUCUUCCCCCAAAUCCCCCACCCCCAAAUCGCCCCCCUCCAGAAAGAAGGAUGACUCCUUCCUGGGCAAGCUCGGCGGCACGCUGGCCAGGAGGAAAAAAGCCAAAGAAGUGUCUGAAUUACAGGAAGAAGGAAUAAAUGCCAUUAACUUACCUCUCAGUCCCAUUCCAUUUGAACUAGACCCUGAGGACACUAUGCUAGAGGAAAAUGAAGUCCGAACAAUGGUGGAUCCAAAUUCAAGAAAUGAUCCAAAAUUACAAGAACUGAUGAAGGUAUUAAUUGACUGGAUUAAUGAUGUGUUGGUAGGAGAGAGGAUUAUUGUGAAAGACUUGGCUGAAGACCUGUAUGAUGGACAAGUACUGCAGAAAUUAUUCGUUUCAGCUGUUCAUGCUAAGAGCCUGGUGGCCAUACUUCACCUUCUGGUUGCAUUGUCUCAGUAUUUCCGAGCACCAAUCCGGCUCCCUGACCACGUGUCCAUUCAGGUGGUUGUUGUGCAGAAACGAGAUGGAAUCCUCCAGUCUCGACAAAUCCAAGAGGAAAUAACUGGUAACACCGAGGCAUUAUCAGGAAGGCAUGAAAGAGAUGCAUUCGACACUUUGUUUGACCAUGCCCCAGACAAGCUCAAUGUAGUGAAAAAGACUCUCAUCACCUUUGUGAACAAGCAUCUGAAUAAACUGAAUUUGGAGGUGACUGAGCUGGACACUCAGUUUGCAGAUGGAGUGUACUUGGUCCUGCUGAUGGGUCUCCUGGAAGGUUAUUUUGUUCCCCUGCACAGCUUUUUCUUGACUCCUGAUAGUUUUGAACAAAAGGUUGUCAAUGUUUCCUUUGCGUUUGAGCUCAUGCAGGAUGGUGGACUGGAAAAGCCAAAGCCAAGACCAGAAGAUAUUGUAAAUUGUGACUUGAAGUCUACACUGAGAGUACUGUACAACUUGUUUUCCAAAUACAGGAACGUGGAGUGAAGAAUUGAUUUGGGUCACAAAGGAGUGUUAACAAAGAAAACAUCAUUACUAGCAGAUCUUUCCUUGGUAUCCUUCUGCAUCUCUGUCCUAAAAAGAACUAAAAAAGAGAACAAAACCAUUUACCUGAAGAAUUUUUCAUUAUUAGUCGAUUUUUCUGGCACUACUAUUUUCAUAGGAGAUUUAAAACCAGUAUAGCUUAUAAAGAAAAACAAAAGGUUUGGGGGAAGAUAUCUGGGUAUAUUCUGGGAGCCUCUGUUGUCUUCACACUGUUUUUCAUAGGGGAAGCAACAAUGAAAAAAAACUAUCAAGUUUAAUUCAAAUCAGCCUUUGGAGCUGACCAUAGGAAUAUUCUGUACUAUGUUAUUAUUUUUUGCAUGUAUCUUUUGUUUAAUCUGGGAAGGGGAAGAAUAUUUUCUAUCAUCCAUGGUAAGACAGUUCCAUUCUAAUUGUGAGGAUUGUGCAUGGGGAGAAACAGUUAAAUACACUCAUUCACAUAACAGCUGAAAAGAGGAAAUUUAACCUGGUGAAUACACAGAUCCAGUGCCAUUUUAAGGCUUUAAUUUUAUGGGUACAAACUGAAGUGGCUACUCAUUCCUUCAGACUUACUGUAAUGUGAUGCUCUGUUUCAAUAUGUGCCAUUGAGCAUUCCCCACUUUGCAGCUUUUCACUUGUUUUUGUUCAAGAUCUUUUUGCAAAGAACACUUUUCAGGAAGACACACCUGUAUAAUGCAGCUUUUCUAUAGUAUUUGUAUUAUCAUAUAAUGUUAGGAAGUAGAAGAAUGGCUUGUUUUUAUUUUGGCAGUUUAAUCACAGGAUUAUCAGGUUGCAAGUUUAGAUUGAUUGCUGAACAGAAUUUAGAAUUUUUGGUCGAUUUUAUGAUGAAUGUAUGUUGCUGCAUAUGCAUGCAAUGUACAAAAAAUCAACGAGUUUCUAUGUUCAACACAGAAAAAUAAGAUUUACUUUCUGGAAAUGGCCAUAACUCCUUCCAUCUGCUAAGAUUCCAUUACACUGUAAAGUUCUUUGGUGGUUUUA